AUGUCACAUGUGGUACAUAGAGGUUCACAUAGAUGUUAUAUCUGCAGUUGGUCUAUAGUCCAGUGCUCUGAUUUCAACUGUUAUAACAAUCCCGAUAUUUGCACAAACAAUAACUUCAGUCCAAGUUUGGUACAACAGGCAGAUUGUCCGGCAGGUUGUGAACAGUUUGUCAUAACUGAUCCAAACGGAAUUGUUCAACAGUGGCGUCGAAACUGUGCUCCGGGCAAUAUACCAGUGAUUGGUUUUAACUGUAAAACUGAAUACCAAUUGGGAGUUCGUGUCGAUCGAUGUGUUUGUAACAAAAAUUGGUGCAAUUCUUCACUAAAAUUCACUCCAAAUGCUAUCUCUUCGACCAACAGGUCAUUUGAUCCCCGUUUUCACUACAAAAGAUCCCGAUUUUAA